AUGACGCCGGACGCCUUCCCAGCUUGGGAGACCCGGCCGGAGGAACGAAUCACUCCGUUGUACAUCGCAGCCCGACACCCAGGAACACCUCCCAACCACGACGAGGCGGAGUCAGUAGGGAUUCAUUCAUGGAACACUGAACGGUCGGAUUUCGUGGGUCGAUCAGCUACCGAACAAUGGCGUGACGACAUCACAAAGCCACUUCGAGACUUGGCUAACGGCACAUUGAACCACUUCUACCUGCCAAAGGAGAACAGUUCUAACUUCGACGAGCCGUCGUUGUUCGAGGCGUCGAGUAUGAACGGUAUGCAUCGCACGCGAUCGUAUUCGCCACGAAAGGAGCGCCGAAAUCACGACGAUAAGACGUCAAGGUAG